UAUUUGGCAAAAUGCUUAUUUGGUUAAUUUUCACCCUCACUUUUAAUGGCCUAGUGGCGCAGGAUUGUGUAUGUCAAGAAAAGGAGAUUGUGUGUGAGGUGGCUCAAGAAGGAUCUGCAGUCCUAGCGAUGCCGAGGUGUGAAGGAGCCAAACUCGUUCGGAGCAUGGGGUCGGGGUUUGUCACAGAAGUUAAGGCUCCUGUCCCGAGACCAGUUGACAAAGUUAUGUUACACAGAACGACGAUGGACUGCGACACAGUUACGUCGCUAUUUCAGGCAAGGGACGUGACGCUGAAUCAGCAGAAAUGCCCAUUUGGAAGCACCACUUCUACAACAACAACGGCCAGAGUACCAACGCCCGCUCCUGCAAGACCCCCGGUAAUCCCUAUUGACGCUGAAAACGAUGAUGAUGAUGAUGAUGAUGAUGAUGAUGACAAUGAUGAUGGGAAUGAUGAUGGAAAUGAUGAUGAUGAUGAUGAUGACCACGACAAUGACGACAGCGAAACCGAGGUCGAUGAUGAUGAUGAUGAUGAUGAUGAUGAUGAUGAUGAUGAUGGUGACGGGAACACGACUGCAAACACAACCAGUAGCACAACCAGCACCACUCAGAGAGGUCGCCCUAUCAUAAUUAUCCGUGGCCAUGUGGAACUGAUGUGGGGUCUUAUCGUCGGUUUUGUUGUAGUGAUUGGGACAGGAUUUGUUGUCGUGGUCGUAAGAGUGCAGGCAAGGAGGAGGAGGAGGAGGGGGGCGACAGAGAGACCGAUUCAGCUUGAUGAAGUCUCUUCAACAACUUCUACAUACGGACAUCCGAGGUCACCAAGACGCCGGCGAGCGUCUGUGUCGUCCAUGGAAUCGGUCUCUCUGUUCUCAGUGAAUGAACACUUGGACUGA